UUCACAGACCACAGACUGCCUUUUCCUCUUCUCCUAAGUUUCUCAAGCACUGUACGUAUUCAAUGGCUCCCAGAGGCAAACGCUCAAAGUUGGGUCUGCGACGAAUGGAUGCAGCACUGGAUGCAAUGGGUCGCUUAGGGUUUUCUCGUCACAUCGUCCAAAAAUCCAUUAAAGACCUCCUCAAGGUUUAUGGAGAUGAAGGGUGGAUAUUUAUUGAGGAGACUGCAUACAAGCUUCUGAUUGAAACUAUACUUGACACUCAAGGGGAAUCUGAAUCUGAUCACAAACAUGAGCCCCAGAAUCAGUUGGGAGAAAUUGGUGCUGAUUAUGAGCCCCAAAAUCAGUUGGCAGAAAUUGGUGCUGAUUCUGAGCCGCAAAAUCAGUUAGCGGAAAUGGGCAGUGGCUAUGGAAGUUCGAAUUUGCAUGUAAAAAGUGAGAAUCUUGCAGAACCUUGUGAUAAAGAAGUGUGCGAAGAGCAUGAUCAAGUAGAUGGCACUCCUGUGAAACUUGAUGAACAAGAAAAAAGUGAAGAACAUGAAAAACAUAUAAUUGGAAACGUUCUGCUAUUUGAGUCUAUUUUACAGGACAUUGCUCCAUUACACUCUACUCCGGUGAAAGAUGUUUUCCCAAGUAACCUAAUUCGCAAACCAUGUUAUGGAUGGAUUAGUGACGACAGUGAUUAAGAUGAGAAGGAUCUUGUAUCGUUACCCUCUGGAAAAACACAUUAACUGGUGAUAGUGAUAGAGUAUUUAUCAUAAAUUAUCGAAGCUUCGUAUCAGAAUCCAUUUGAUAUGAUGUUACCAAAGUAGGGUAUAUCUAAAAUUCUGAGCAACCUACAGUUGCUUCAACAUCACUAUGAGGAGUAAGCAAUGUGGUAUUUGGUGGUCUUCUGGCUCUGCUCGCGGAGAAAGGAAAAAGGUAUACAGUGAGAGUCUCCUUCUUAGAUGGUCAUUAAACUAAUACAUUCUUGUUUAUAGUUCCAAUUAUGGUAGUUGGAGAUAAUGCUGAAGGUGGCUUUGAAAUGCAAACUUGUAUUGUUAAACAUGUAAAUAUAAUUUAGGGUUGUCUUAGUCUUGUAGAUUGCUAUGGGAUAAUCUUAUACCAAAAUGCAUUAUGGAAGUAAUUGGUGUUUAAAUUCA